AGCCACUUGGCUCAGGGCAGCGGCGGCCUGCCAGCCGGCGUCCGUCCGCGCCAGGGCCGCGCGCCGCGAGGGGCCCGCGAUGUGGCCGAGCCCGGGGCGGCGGCGACGGCCACGGGGCGGCAGCGUGCUGGCCCUGUCGCUGGCGCCCGCGCUGCUCGGGUGGCGCGGCUGCGCUGGGGCAGCGGGCGCCCCCAAGGGGUCGCUCCAGAGGCGCAGGCGAAGUACGCGCCUGGCUCCACGUUCGCAUGCUCAAGCGGGGAGCAGGUGCCCUACGAGGCCGUCAACGACGACUACUGCGACUGUGCGGACGGCGGGGACGAGCCUGGGACCGGCGCCUGUGCAGGGCAGGACGCCACGCUGUUCCACUGCGAGAACAGGGGAGCGUGCCGCAGCUGGUCUACAGCUCGCGGGUCGACGACGGCAUCUGCGACUGCUGCGACGGUAGCGACGAGGCUGGGCCGUCUCAGCGGCGGGCCGGCGCCGCCGCGUGCCCCAAUCGGUGCGAGGAGACGAGGGCCAGCUUUUCAAGCGGCAGCGCGAGGAGCAGGUCAGGAUGCUCCAGGCUGGGCUGAAGAGGAAGGCGGAGCUCGAGGCCAAGGCGAAGGCGGACCACCAGAGGUGGGCCGCGGAACUCGACAGGCUGAACAGCGCUCGCCCUGGCCUGGAGGCGGCCCUGCAGAGGGCAAAAUCGGGCGCCGAGGCCGAGAAGCCCCGUGGCGGGGCUGCGGCGGGCGGCUGUGCCGCCGAGCUCCGGGAGCUCGCGGUCCUGAGGGAGACGGUGCGGACGCAGCAGGAGGAGAUGCGGCUCCUUCGCCGCGACAUUGACGCCUUGAGGAAGGCCCUCGGGAAAGAGGGUGGGGCCAGCACUGCCGCCGCAGACACCGAGGCGGCGCCAGUGGUGUCAGAGUACGCUAAGUGGAUGGACGGCGCGGGCGACGGGUCGGGCGUCGCCGAUCAGGCUCCCCCAGAAUCCGCCGGGAAGGACGAGGACGAAGGUGAAGAUGGGCGGCCGCCGCCUUACAGGCAGGAGGACGCUGCCGAUCCGGAAGACGCUCGUGCGGAGGCCAGCGACCCAGCCGAGGGCUGGCUGUGGUCUCUGAGGGCUGGGAUCGGCCGCAUCUUCACCAAGCUCUCUGGAGGUUCCGCCGUGGAUCAGGCCCAGCAGAAGCUUGACAGCAACAGGCAUGAGGCAGCCGAGCUCACCAAGAAGCUGGAGCGGCUCAAGCACGCAGACGCCGACCACUCCGGAUUCGCGUCACUCGCUGGCACCUGCCUCGAGAAGAAGGACUCGCAAUAUACCUACGAGCUCUGCUUCUUCGACUCGGCCAACCAGGGCACUGUGGUGCUGGGCCAGUGGAGCGGCUGGGUAGGACCUCGAGAGGCGCGCUUCGAGGGCGGCGACGAGUGCUGGGGCGGCCCCGCCCGCUCGCUGAGGGUCCUCUUCCGCUGCGGCAGUGGGGAGGAGGUGCACGAGGUCACGGAGCCCUCGCGCUGCUCCUACGAGGUGCACAUCUCGCACCCGGGCGCCUGCGACCCAGGGGACGAGGCUGCCCUACUCGCCCCGCCCGUCCGGCGCCCGAGGGACGAGUUCUGAGGCCCGCCGAGGCCUGCGGCGUCCCGCCCCGCGGGGGGAAGGGGCGCGCGGGCGUACAGACCGUGCUCGCUUUUGCAGGAGAA